AUGGGUGUUGGUUUAUGGAGAAAGCUGGGGUCUAAAGAAACAAACCACUUCAUCUGUGGAACCCUCCAUUCUGUGGAUCAGUAUCUCAACAUAAAACUAACUGACAUCAGUGUCACAGAUCCUGAGAUCCCUCACAUGUUAUCAGUGAAGAAUUGCUUCAUCCGGGGCUCAGUGGUCCUUGUGCAGUUGCCGGCAGAUGAGGUGGACACACAGCUGCUACAGAUGGCAGCAAGGAAGGAAGCCCUGCAGCAGAAACAGUGA